UGUCUAAGUAAACAAGAACCGUUGUUGUGAACGUGGAAUUGUUGUUUAGUCUGAAUCUGGAGAAAAGUUUAAUUGUUGUGAAUUUGUAAGCUGCCGUUCAAAUGGUGCUUCAUAUAGUGUUUGCCAUUUUGGCAGUGAUCCUCGCCAUCAACUACCUAAUGAUGCGUGGAAACAUAAAGUACGCCCGGCAUAUGAAGGGACCAAUGCCGCUGCCGAUCGUGGGGUGUUUGUAUCUAUACUUUAACAUGAAGCAAGAAGAUAUAAUCGAUUUUCUUACCACGCUCAAGACUAAGUACGGAAACCUCUUCCGUGUCUGGGUUGGCCACCGUUUGGCGUUGUUCUCCACCAACGUACAGUACAACGAAACAGUCCUAAGCAGCCAGAAGCUGAUUCGGAAGAGUGAACUAUACAAGUUCCUCGUACCAUGGCUCGGAAAUGGGCUGCUGCUCAGCACCGACCAGAAGUGGUUCAACAAGCGCAAAAUUCUCACGCCGGCGUUCCACUUCAAGAUCCUCGAACAGUUCAUCGAGGUGUUCGAUAAGCAGAGCCAUGUGCUGGUUGAUCGGCUCCGUCCGGAAGCAACCGGGAAGCUGGUCAACAUCUAUCCCUACGUGGCACUGGCUGCGCUCGAUAUUAUCUGCGAAACGGCCAUGGGAACGUCAGUGAAUGCGCAAACCGAUGCUAAUUCAUCCUACGUGAAGGCGAUCACCGACCUAAGUCUUUUGCUUACCGAACGUUUCGUGAAAGUGUGGCAACAAGUUGACUUCUUGUUCAACCUAUCGCCGGAUAAACGGCGGCAGGACGAGAUCAUCAAGGUUCUACAUGAUUUCACCACCAAAAUCAUUCACUCGCGUCGCCAAGAGCUGGCCGUGCGUGGCGUAUCGGAAGCGGAUGACGAUGCUGACAUUGGAACGAAACGACGAAUGGCGUUCCUAGAUGUGUUGCUACAGUCCACGAUCGAUGGGCGUCCGCUCACGGACCAGGAGAUUCAGGAAGAGGUAGACACGUUUAUGUUCGAGGGACACGAUACGACGACCGUUGCGAUCUCCUUUACUUUGCUACUGCUUGCCCGUCAUCCAGAAGUUCAGGAGAAGCUUCACCAAGAGAUUGUAGAGAUCGUGGGCAAUGAUUUGAAGGCACCGGUAACGUAUCGUAAUCUUCAAGACAUGAAGUACCUGGAGAUGAUUAUUAAGGAGUCGCUGCGGCUCUAUCCUCCGGCGCCGAUCAUUGCCCGACGUUUCACGGAGGAUGUUGAUUUAGGUGGAACUAAAGUUCCGGAAGGAUCCAACUUCAACAUCGGUAUAAUGCACACUCAUCGUGAUCCUAGCAUUUUCCCUGAUCCAGAACGGUUCGAUCCAGAGCGAUUUGCACCGGAUCGCUUGUUGGAACAAACCAGUCCUUACGCAUACGUUCCUUUUAGUGCAGGACCGAGGAAUUGUAUUGGCCAAAAGUUUGCUAUGCUGGAGUUGAAGAGCACCCUUUCGAAGGUUAUACGCAACUUUAAGUUAACAACGGCUGGCCCGGAACCAAAGUUAACGAUGCAACUGACACUCAAACCAAAAGACGGACUCUUUAUCGGAUUUGUUCCUCGGGUGUAGCGUUUAUUUGAUGGCGAAUAAAUAGAAUUG